GUUUGAACCUCAGAAUUUAGAACUGGAAGUGCCCUGGUGUCCCCUAGGCGUUUCAGGAAAGCAUCUGCAGGGGCCCCUCAGCUUUCUGAUCUCUGAUCCUCCUGUAGGAGGGUUCCUAGUCUUAGACUCCUGCUAGGGACCCCUGGCCACACAGUUCACAACCCCCAGCCUGCAUUAUCAUCCCGGAUCUGGUCUCGGCCCCUCCAGGCAGACCAAAGUCAGAGGAUUGGACCGGGCGGAGGGAAGGGAAGGGGAGGGUGGAGAAAGGCCCUUGCUACUGGCCGUAGCCAGCCUGGGCAGCGGCUGGCUCGAAUUCAGCUGCGGCCUCUUUAAGGCGUUGUGACCCGGCCGUGCCGGGACCCCGGGGCGGGGAGUGAGGGCAAGGGACAGAGCUGCCCGAGCCGGCGGCGGUGGCGGAGGUGGAGGCGGCGAACCCCACUCAGCGCGGGCCUGGGUCCCCGCCACAGCCCGUCUGCACUAUGCUCUCCAUCCUUGUCCCUCCAGCCGCAGGCGGCUUCCCCCCCGCCCUUGCGCUGCGCCAGGAUUCCUCGGGCUCCUCUGGUUCUUACCACACGGCGCCAGGCUCCCCGGAGCCCCAAGGUCCGCGCCCAGUCCUGGACGGAGCGGACGACGACGACGGGGGCAGUGGAGUUCCUGGGCGGGGGCAACCGGCAAAGUUUGCGGGCCUGUACGCCAGGGUCUCUGGCCGGGGGGCGGGCCCAGCCGGGAGCGGGGGCUCGCAGCUUCGCCUGUCCAUCAGCGCCCAGAAUAGCCGCCAGGAGCCUGGAUCCGGUUUCUCCAAGAGGCCGGGACCGCGCCCGAGCCCGAGCCCUUUCCAGCUCCGCACCCUGCCGUCGGGGGAGAUGGAAGUGAUCUUCACCACCGGGCCCCUCGGCGGGACUCCCGUUCAGGCCCCCAGCGACUCGGACGAGGCAGACAGCGAAGUGCAGCAGCUCACCGGCCUCAGCUUUCACAGUCUGACUCGCCCUCAAGGUCCCUACCUCGACGUUCAUAGCCCUAGCGCGCGGGCCUCCUCCAGCCCAUCCCCAGCUCCCUCUGACAGCAGCAACCAAGCUGACCGCUGGGCAACUUACCUAGACCUGCAUCAAGAGGCUGAAGCUUCUGCCCCGGGGCUGCCAGAACUUCCUGCCCCGUCCGGGAGGACCCAGUUCGAGUGCGUGGAGGUGGCACUUGAAGACCAGGCAUCCCUGACUAAGCAGAGAACUGUCCCCAAGAGACAGAUAGAGCUGAGACGGAAGCCUAGUCCCCCGGAGCUGGAUGCAGCCAGGGCCAAUGCGCUCCCUAGGCACAAGUUGUUCAUGAGAACCGGCUCACUGGAUGAGUCUCUGACCCGCUUGCAGGCUGCCUCCAACCUCGUGCAGACCGCACUGGCCAGGAAGCUGCAGGCCGAGCAGACACUGCGCCUGGAGCAGCAAACCCCAAGGGGCGGAGCUCAGCCCAUCCAGACCCUGCCAGGCCCGAGGCUCAGUGCGGACUGUAAUACCCAGAAGCCGGCAGAUUGGCCCCAGGCUUGGCCCGAGGCCCGGGAGAGAGAGGCCCCAACCAGACGUACGGUACGAAGCCCUCGAAGAGACUCAAAGGAUCUCAAGAACAGAGGGACCUCUCAGACUGGGCUUCCCCCAAGAGAGCCAGCAAAGGAAGCACCUCUGCCACCUGUCAAGCCUGUCGGGUUGCGGGCCCCAGAGGGGGUGGUUUCUAUCAGGGUCCCGAGGCCUUGGCCUAGCCUUCGCGAGCGAGCUAUUCGUCGGGACAAACCAGCCCCGGGAACCGAACCACUCGGUCCCGUGAGUUCCAGUAUCUUCUUGCUGUCGGGGGAGAAGUCGCACGAGGCUUCUGAGUCUCCGCCCCGCAAUGAAUUGGGCCAGCGGCAGAAAUCCCUGUCUCCGAAGAGGACGUCAGAGGAUCCGGUGACCCAGGAGACUCCCAGUCCUUCUCCCCAGGAGACUCCCAGUCCGUCUCCCCAGGAGACUUGGGAUCCCACUGUACAGGCAUCGCUGAUUCCGUCUAUGCCGGAGGCUCCGAAUGAAGCGCUCCAGGAGACUCCAUCGACGCAGUCAAAUCGGGAUUUAACUGUGAAGGGAUCGCAGACUUCACCUACACUGGAGCCUGCAGUCCCAGAUACUUGGGAGCCCAGAGACGCCCCCGCUCCCGCCGGUAGAUCUCGAGUGACAGUUCCGCGACCUCGGGACGUCCGGAAGCUAGUGAAGAACACCUACUCCCUGAGCUUCCCAGCUGCCACCAGCACCAGCCUGGGACUUCCUGAGCCCCCUGGCGCUCCUGGGGGCCCCAGCGAGGAGAGCGAGGCUCCGCCUGGAGCUCCAGAGCCUCCUGUCCCAGUUCACUACACCUCGACUUUCCAGAAAGACUUCCUGCCCAUAGUGCCCCAUCCCUACGAAGUCCCGGAGCAGCCGGGAACUGGAGGAGCUGGUGCAAGCGACUGGGCUCCGUUUAGCCACAGCGAGGCCCCUCGGAGCCACCAACCUCAGCCCCAGCCAAAGGGCUACUCAGAAGGAGACUUGACCCCCCAGCGGAAAGCGGAGAACUGUACAGCCAAGCCCUUUGCACGCAGUGAGAUCCGCCUCCCAGGAGCCCUCUCUUUGUCCAGGAAGCUGGAAGGGGCCUCCAGGGUCAGAGCUCAGCCUGAGACCAGCACAGAGAUCAGCCGUGCUUCUCCAGGGUACAGUCCUCAAGCCCAGAUCCAGCGCCUCCUCCCCGAGGGAGAGGUCCAGGCCAAUCCCCCAGGAGUUAAGCUGGGGCUGCCAAUCCCCAAGGAACCAAGAGAUCCGCCAGAGGUGGAGACACAGCAUCCACCUCAAUGGGGAGGGACUGGGCAGGCAUCUAACUCCUUGACAGGGUCCCCACAUCCAAAUCUCAGGGGCUCCCUCCACCUGGGGUCCCCACACCCUGACCCGGCCAGUUCCCAGAACCCAGAGCCCAGAGCCAAACCCCAACCAGGCUUUGCUGGGAUCCAUCCCUCAGGGAACCAGAUUACAGCCAAACCUGCUUCCCUGUCCCAGCCCAGGGCAGCUUCAGCACCUCCUUUGGCCCAGGUCCUUGACAGCCCUUCCCAGGGCCAGGGUAGGGGACUUCGGAGCUCUGGAUCCACCCCAUCAGGAAAGGUUCUAGUAGAUCCAGAGAGUGGGCGCUACUAUUAUGUGGAAGCUCCCAAAUCUCCUAGGUUGAAGUUGCUCUUUGACCCAGAGAGUGGUCAGUAUCUGGAAGUCCUUGUUCCCCCCUCCCCAGCAGGGGCUCCUGUCCGCUUCUACCCUUCCGUGUCGCUAGGGCCCAGUCUCUAUCCUCCCUACGGGUCCUACCCUGGGCUCUCACUACCUCCUUCCCCUGGACCCUUGCCUCUCGGUCCCCCUGACCUGCUGGCCCCAGGAGCCAAACUCCCCUGGGCCCCUGAGGGUGGCACUGUGGACGGGCUCUACUACCUGCCUACAGGCAGUUCCCCAAGCCCAUUGCCUGGCCUUCCUCUCCUUCUCUACUCUGGGCCCCCCAAUUCUGGGUCUUCCACCACUACCAAAGGCUCACCAUUUUGAGUAGGAAGACCCUCAGGCCCUGCCCACACCCCAUUCCUAUGGAAGGGGCUGUUGUAGCAGAGCCUUUCCGCGGGCACACAGGCACUCCCUCGAUCCCAAUCCUGUCCUUUCUUUUGAUUCCAAUUUCCCACCUCCACCAGCACCUCCCCUGCCUGAGCCUCUCCACUCCCAUCCCCCCAGGCUCCUCAGAUCCCCCAUCCCACCGGCAGAGUGCCCAUCCCUCCCCAGGCACUUCAGGAUGGAAGGGAGAGCUCAGUGAGGAGUUGGAUGCGUUCUUCCCAGUCUAUCCCGUUCCUUCUGGGCAUCACCCAUCCCCUGGGGGAGUGGGGACUCUCGUGUCACCAGUGACAGCCCAAGAAAGUGGGUGGGAAAAGGUGAGAGGCAGCAAGAGAUAGGAAGGAUACAAACUGUGCGGGGGGGGGGGGGGUCAGAGGGCCCUGCUGACCCCCCAGCUAAAGCUCCAGGUCCUUCUUGGAGUCAGAGAGGAAGGGAAGUCGUGUGUAUGUGUCGGGGCUGGGGGUAAGAUGUGCCCACUUUGAGGAGGUCUAGGAAAGAGAUGGGGGACAGUAAGUUGUGUCUUCCAGAAGUGCUGGUGGGUGCUAGAAAGCUCUGGAUCUUGUUUCCAGGCAGGGGUGGACUUUAAGAGGAGAGGCCAAAGUAGGGGUCUAAUUCAGCCUCUCGGUGGCAGGAGCCCAGUCAGUGAACAGAUAUUUAUUAAGCAUCUAUCAUGGCACGGGGUACAAACGCCAGGAACGAAAUCACACCUAGGAGUGAGAGAGGUGCUGGGGAUGGAGGAGGGAGUCGGGAUGUCCAGCACGAAGCUGGGGCAGGGGUCAGCAGCCGCCCCCACACAACACCCGGGCUUAGACUCUUCUCCUUCAGAAAUGGCUGUUUUGUGAGUCACACAGUUUUCACUUAAGGGGGAUCUCAGUGAUUGUUUAGGCCAGCUCUCCUCUUUUUCAUAUGAGGAAACUAAGUUCCAGGGAGGACAAAUGACUUACCGAAGUCAUCAAGCAAGUUCAGUCCUGCAGAGCCAGGCCUGGAAUUCAAUAAUCUUUAGGACAGGCAUCCAAAAGGACUUUCCAGCAGUAAGAAUUAUUAGACAAAAAGUCUCCCGAGGUUGAACCGCUCUAGCGUUGCAAAAAGAUGGACUAAAUGAGAUGAUGACUUCUCCAGACCUUUUCCAGAGGGGUCUCUAAUGCUCUGAAAGGAACCUGUAGACACUGGUGGUGUGAUUGGGGAGUGGGAGGAGGGGACAGGAUGCUGUGCAUUGUAUUUAUUUAUUUAUUUAUUUAUUUAUUGAUGAAGUCCUUACCUUCCAUCUUAGAAUCAAUACUAAGUAUAGGUUCCCAAGGCAGAAGAGUGGUAAGGGCUGGGCAAUGGGGGGUAAGUGACUUGCCCAGGGUCACACAGCUGGGAAGUAUCUGAGGCCAGAUUGGAACCCAGGCCCUCCUGUCUCCAGCUCUGACUCUCUAUCCCUCAGAGUUACCCAGCUGCCUCUAUGUUAUACAUUCUUUAAAAAGUACCCCUCCUGGUCUGGACUCCAGAUCGAUGCCACUCCAGCGAGAAAUGCACCUCCGAGUGACCAGAAGGAAUCCUGGAGAGGGAGGUAGAGGUGGGGUCUGGAGCAAAUCUCUAAGCUGUCUGUCUCACCCGCCCCUUCCCUUGGCCAAUCUGGGAGCUCCCCAGGGAGACAGGCAGUUUCUAUGUGUGGGUGUGAGUGUAUUGGGGGGGAGAUGAGGCAUCUGUGGGUUGUUGGUUAAACUGCUUGUGUGAUGACUGCUUUCCCUGGUAAAACAUGUCUUUAGAGAUAGGAGAAUCCCUUCCCCCAAAGAGCUGGCUGCCGCCUUCUCCUGGUGCAAAAGUAAGGGGGGGGGGGCCGACACUUUCCGGGACCCCCAGGCCCCUGCCCAGGGAGGAGAGGCCCUCGGGGAGAGAGGCUGGGUGAGGACGACCCAAGUUAGACCCCAGAGCAGGCUAUCUUUGUGUUUGUUUCAUACGUGUAAAAUAAAGUGUCCCACCGAGGGAGUAAAAGAAAA